AUUCACAGCAGAGCUGAAUUAUCUGCGCAACAGGAGACGGGGAGGGGAGAGGCGCGCGGUCUGUCCUCUGUCUGGACAGCGGAGCAAAACUAACUUUAUUCUUUCUUUAAAGUAUCUGGGGGAAAAAACAACAACUCAGCAAACAUGAGUUUGUACGGCUCCAACUCGAGGCUGGCCACCAUCGGCCAGAGAAGCAACUCGCGGCAGGAUUUGUCGAGUCCAAGUUUUAGAAACGACGUGUUCGUCGGUGGAAACGGCUUCCAGGGAGAUUACCAAGGAGGGGACGGAUACACCACGUCCUACACCUUCUCCAGGACCUCCAUGCACGGCGGGGGUGCACAGAAACUCGCCAUGGGUGCUGGUGGAGGUGGAGGAGGUGGUGGAGGUGGUGGAGGAGUCAAUGUGCAAGCAAUUCAGCAGAAGGCUCUGUACCUGAAAGGCCAGUGCCAGGAAUACCUGCAGAGAGCGAAGAUGAUUCUCCAGAGUGGGGGUCCAGCCAUGGAGGCAGAGAAGCUCAUGAUCAUGGCCGCAGAGACCAUGGAGCAGAUGAAGGUCUGCGGCAGAGACCUGCAGCAAAUGCGCAUCCCCAAUGACGUCUUCGCAAGUGUAGAACAGAUGCAGCACAUGCACGGUGUUAUCCAACAGCAAUUACUUGGCGGUAUGACCACGAGACGGAACAGAGGCAGCGUGGGUUCCCUCGAGGGGGGGAGGAUCUUUAAUGAUGCCGUGGCCUGGAUUGCCCAACAGAAGCGCAUGAUUGAGACGGCUCCGUGGGGGGAUGACGCCGAAACCAUAGACAAGCAAAUCAUGACCCACAGCAAAAACCACAGCUCUAUCCAGAGGAGCCAGGAAGUAGACCGCGCCAGAGAUGAACUGAACAUGAGGGGCGACAAGUACAACCUGUCCAUCCUGGAACAAGAUUGGGAAAGCCUGCAGAAAAUGUCCCACAGCCGGGUUAAUCAGCUGCGUGAGCUUCAAGGCAUCAUCGACGAGAUCUCCCGAGCCAUCAUGUGGGUGAAUGAGAGAGAGGAGGAGGAGCUGAUGUUCGACUGGGGAGACAAGAACAUUGACCAGUAUAUCCCCCGGAAGCAAGAGAGCUACUCCGGUCUGAUGAGGGACCUGGAGGAGAAAGAGAAGGACCUCAACAAGCUGAAGGUGAAAGCAGACGGACUCCUGAACAACAACCAUCCUGCCUCAGAUAAGAUCGAAGCCUACAUGGACACCUUACAGACCCAGUGGAGCUGGCUUCUCCAGAUCACCAAGUGUAUCCAUAACCAUUUGAAGGAGAAUGCUGCCUACAGCCAAUUUUUCAAGGAGGCCAAUGAAACCUACGCGAAGCUGCAGAAGCAGCACGAGACAAUCCGGAGCAAGUUCUCCUGCGACAAGAACACCCCGCUGGAGAACCUCAGUGACCUCCUGAGAAACCUGGAGAUGGAGAGGGAGCGAAUCAUGGAGAACAAGAGGCAGGUCCAAAGUCUGGUCAACAAAUCCAAGACCAUCGUCAGGUUGAAACCUCGCAACCCUGAGGACAAGAGCAGCAGCCCCGUCAUAGUGCAGGCCUUGUGUGACUUUAAACAAGACCAGAAGGGGAUUUUGAAAGGAAAUGAGGGCAUCCUGAAGGAUAACUCGCAGCGCAGCAAGUGGCUGGUGACGGGACCUGGAGGUCUGGACAUGUUGAUUCCCUCUGUGUGUCUGCUGAUCCCCCCACCAAACCCGCUCAGCAUCGGCCUCGCCAACAAGAAUGAGCAGUAUUAUGACGCCAUCAUGAGCAUCUGGAACCAGCUCUACAUCAACAUCAAGAGUCUCAUCUCGUGGCAGUAUUGCCUCAGAGACAUCAAUUACAUCAACUCCCUCACUGUCAGCAUGCUGUCCAAGAUGCGUCCCGAGGAGUACCGCAGUGUCAUCAAAAGACUGGAGACUCACUACCAAGAGUUCAUGCGCACCAGCCAGGGUUCUGAGCUGUUCGGGGAGGAGGAGAAGAAAACUAUCCAGGGUCACGUUGAUCAAGCCCAGACCCACUAUGAUACACUGAUUAUCCAGCUGCCGACUUACAGGGAGGAGGUUGUGAAGGUUGAAGUCCCAAAACCGGAAACCCCCAAGCCCUCAACUCCCAAGACACCCAAGAUCAAACCCCAGCCUCCGCCACCCAGUUCUACCCUCAGCCUCACCCUGCUCAAUAGUCUGCAAGAACUUCGAGGCAGGCUGGAGCUGGCUGAGUCCGGUCUCACCAGUCAUCUCCAUGUUCACCUGGGGGAGAACAGUGUGCACGAGUGCUCAGUGCACAUCCAGAAGCUGCAGAAUGUGCAACAAGACCUGGACUCCAUUCAUGACGAGUACCUGCGACUAAGAGAAAUGAUUGUAAAGCAGCUGGAGGGGUUACCUGCAGACUCUGAGGAAGCCAGGUUCCUCCGCUCUGAACUGGAAAUCAUCAACCAAAAACUGGGAACCCUGCAGGGUCUCUACCCAGCCUACCUUCAAAGGCUGUCGGCUCUUAAGGCCUUGCUCCACAGCCUUCUCCAGGCUGAAGAUAUCAUCAAAGUCCACGAGGCCCGGCUGACAGAGAAGGAGACCACCUCUAUGGACCCUCGAGAGGUGGAAAGCUAUCGGAGCACACUGAAGCAAAUGAAGAUUGAACUGGAGCAAAAAAGAGACCUGCUGACUGCCAUGGAGUCCGACCUGUCUAAAGCAAUGCACUGGAAUGGUCAAAUCUCUGAGUCCUUCCACAAGUGCGACGUGGACUUGGCCAAGUACUCAGACCUGGUGGGUCAGAUGUCUGACCGCUGGCGCCGCAUCCAAACCCAGAUUGACAGCAGAGUGUGGGACUUGGAGAAGCAGGAGAAACAGCUGAGUCAUUAUCAGCAGAGCAGCGCGCUCCUGGAACAGUGGAUAGACAAUGCCAGGAAACGCCAGGAUAGCCUUCAGACGGUGAAGCUCAGUGACAUCCAGACAUUAAUGGACCACCUCAACCACCAGAAGGCACUUCACACUGAAAUCAAAGGGAAGAAGGAGAAGGUAGAGGAUGUGCAGAAAGACGCAGACACCUGUGCUGCCUCCAUAAAGGACUACGAGCUGCAGCUGGCUUCCUACAGUUCAGGCCUGGAAACUCUGCUUAAUAUUCCAUACAAGAGGACAAUGCUGCAGUCCCCCGCUUCUGUGGUCAGACAGGAGGCGGCUGAUCUCCAGUCCCGCUACAUUGAGCUACUCACCCGCUCCAGUGACUACUACAAGUUCCUAGGGGAGCUGCUGAAGAAUAUGGAAGAGCUGAAGAUUAGGAACACCAAGAUUGAGAUGUUGGAGGAGGAACUAAGGCGUCUGAAGGAGGAAAUUCAGGAUCGUAGCCAGAAGAACAGGUCUCUGGAGGAUGCGUUGGCCCGCUACAAACUGGAGCUCUCUCAAUCACAAGACCAGCUCAUUUCUAUGGAGGAAGUCAAGAGAAUCACAGCAACAAAAGUUAGCGCUACCAAGGAGAGCCUGGACAGCACACACAGCCAGCUUCAAGAGCUUAACGACCAGCUGACCCGCAUUAAAUACCAGCUGGAUGAAGAAAAGAGGAAGAGAAGGUUGGCAGAGGAACGCUACACCAGCCAGCAAGAAGAGUAUGAGGGGGCUGUUCGCCGCAGACAGAAAGAACUGGAAGAACUCAACUGGGCCAAGAUUGACUUAGAGAAGUCUGUGAAGGACAAGGAACGUGAACUGGAGAGGAUGAAGAUACUGCUAGAAGAGGAAGCGACACGUCGACGAAAUGCUGAGUCUGAUAUCUCAAAGGUAAGAACACAAUGCACCCAGGAGCUUAAUCAACUUAAGCAGACAUACGAGACACAGAUCCACGUCACCAAGACCACCAUCCUGAAAGCCUCGCAACAAAAAGAAGAGGACACAGCAGAACUGAGACUGCAGAUUGACAGACUCACUGCUGAGAAGAGAGAUCUGGAGGAGGAGCUGAUGAGACUGAGGCAGACCAUCGCUCAUGCGGAAGAGCAGAAAAGCAGAGCAGAGCAGGAGGUCAGCCAGCAGAGGGCCUCAGUGGUGCAAGAAACAAGGAUCCGCAGUGAGUUGGAGGUUCAGCUGAGAUCACUCAAGCAGCAGGGGGGAGAGGAUGAGCUCAAACUGAAGGAGGCCACUAAAAGCAAUCAGGAAAAGUCCAGGCAGAUCAGUGUGCUAACAUUUAACCUGGAGGAGGAGGGGAAGAAGAGGAGAGCGCUGGAACUGGAAAUCAACCGACUGAAACAGGCCGAGGCAGACCUGAAGGCAAAGAACGCCUCCUAUCUUGAGUCUAUUAACAAGCUGAAAGUGUCUGAGCAGGAGAUCCGCAUCACCCGAGUAGAGCUGGAGAAGCAGAGCAGUGAGAAAGCCAAGGCUGAGCAGAGUUCAAUAAGGCUGCAGAGCCGUAUCCGUGAACUUCAGUGCUCUCUGGAUGGAGUGGAAGCUGAGCUGGAGAAGCAAAAGAAAGCAACCCAGGAGGAGCUGACACGCAGAAAGAGAGUGGAGGCAGAUUUGGAGAGGAUGACAAAUACGUGCAGAGAGCACACCACCACAAUUAGCACACUGAAAUCUGUCCAGAUAGAGACCACCAGCAUUGGAAGGAAGUACGAGCAGGACCUCAGUGCUCUCCGGGAGGCUCUGGACAAGAGCAUUAGGGAGCAUCAAGUCACCAAGCAGGAGUUGGCAGCUGUCACAGCUGAGCUGCGGACCCUUAAACAGAAGCUCCAGCAGGAACAGGCUCGAAUUUAUGAGCUCAACCAGCGCAAUGAAAGCCUGUAUAAGACCAUUGAGGAGAAGAGCCGCCAGCUUAACGAAUACACUUCGGACAUCGAAAGGCUGAAGACUCUGACGCAAACCCUGACGAAGGAGAGACUGAGGUUGGAGGAGGAGCUGAGGACAGUUAGACAGGAGAGAGAUGAGCUGAAGAUGAGUAAAGACGCUGUUGACGGAGAAAGUGCCACUCAGAUCUCAGCCUUGCAUGUCCAGCUUCAGACUAGCACCAAGAGGACAGCGGAGCUCCAGGCUCUCAUCAAUGACCUGACCAAGGAGAGAGAAAAGCUAAAAUUGGAAAUAGACAAAAUCCAAAAGCAAUCAAUCGAGACAUCCAUGAUGGUGCAAAGCUCCCAAAGCCAAUACAGCGAAGUGCUGCUGGAGAGGGACACUUUGCUAUCCAAGCUUAAACUGCUAGAGCAGGACAAAAGUCGUCACCAGCGCAUAGAAGAGGAGCUCACCCGCAUCAAGCUCUCACUAGAGACCGAGCUCCGCAACAAGCAGCGGCUGCAGGAUGAAAAGAAUGCCAUCGUCAAAGAUUUCAACUAUAUGAAGAGCCAGUAUGAGCUGAGAGAAAGCCAAAUGAGGCAGUUUGAGUCAGACAGAGACAAGGCUGAUCGAGACAGGCUCUCCCUGAAGAAUGAGAUCGAGAGGCUCAUGAGGGAGCUAAAGAGUGUAGAGGAGCGGUACAAGAGCCGUCUGUUGAUCUCUGAAAAGGAGGCAUCAGAGCUGGCUCUCAAGAGAGAUGCCCUGGAGAGAGAGAUACAGAGGCUGCAGCAAAGACCCAGCACUCUGAACAAGCAGACCCAGACGGAUGAGAAGGUCCCAACAAUCGAUCCUUCCAAGCUGGUAUUUGAUGGGGUGCGCCGCAAAGUCACAGCCCACCAGCUUUGUGACUGUGGUAUAAUCAGUAAAGCCACACUAGACCAGCUCCUAAAGGGGAGAAAGAGCGUGGAUGAGGUAGCUUUGGAUAUACAGCUCAGUCUAAAGGGUACUGGCGUCAUUGCUGGCAUGACAACAGCUUCUCAAGGGAAGAUGCCGUUCACUGAAGCGAAAAACAAGAACCUCCUCAGCCCUGAGAGCGCCCUCAUGCUCCUGGAAGCUCAAGCUGCAACAGGCUACAUAGUGGAUCCUGCAUUUAAUGAAAAGAUGCCUGUGGAUACCGCCUGCUCGAGAGGGAUUGUAGACACAGAAGAUAGAGACACCUUGAUAACAGCUGAAGCAGCUAGCCUAGGCUUCAAAGAUCCAUACACUGGCAAAGUACUAUCUGUGGGUCAGGCUUGCAAACAGGGCCGCGUAAACAAAGACACAACCAUCCGCUUGCUCCAGGCUCAAGAGUCUGUUGGAGGCAUACUGGACCCUGUUCUGAGUGUGUUCCUUCCAAAAGAUCUGGCCUUGGAUCGCAAUCUUAUUGAUGAGGAGCUCUACAGGGCUUUGAACAAAAAACCCACCUGCUACCUGGACCCAGCGACAGGAGAGAAGAUCAGCUAUGCUGACCUCAGAAAGAAGUGUUCUGUGGAGCCUGUUAACGGCUUGCUUCUGCUCCAUGGUCCAGAAAAAGCCAUGACAGUGAAGGGUCUCCGUGGUGAAGUCCCUGUUACAAAGCUUGUCGAUUGUGGACUGCUGACUGAAGCUGAUAUGAAAACGCUCACCAGCAGAGAAAUUGAAGAAAGGCUAAAGAACUAUCUCUAUGGCACUACCUGCAUUGCAGGGAUCUAUGAUGAGGCCCAAGACCGAACAAUGCCUUUCUAUCAGGCAAUGAAGGAAGGUCUGCUCAUGAGAGGAACCACCCUGGAGCUUCUUGAGGCCCAAGCAGCUUCUGGCUUCAUUGUUGAUCCAGUCAACAAUGUGUUCUUGACAGUGGAAGAGGCCGCAAAGAGAGGCCUGAUAGGAAAGGAGUUUAAGAAUAAGCUGUUGUCUGCAGAGAAGGCAGUAACUGGAUACAAAGACCCAGCCACAGGACAGACAAUCUCGCUCUUCCAGGCUAUUGAGAAAGAUCUCAUUGAGAAAGGUCAUGGAAUCCGUCUUCUUGAGGCCCAGAUUGCCAGCGGUGGGAUUAUUGACCCCAAAGAGAGCCACCGUAUUGAUGUUGCUGUUGCUUAUCAAAGGGGAUAUUUUGAUAAGGAGAUGAAUGAGAUCCUAACUUAUGAAGGAGAUGACACAAAGGGGUUCUUUGACCCUAAUACUAAGGACAACCUGACAUAUCUUCAACUGAAGGACCGGUGCUUAAAAGAUCCCAAGACAGGCCUAAUACUCCUGCCACUUAAUGACAAGAAGAAGACCCAGAAGUCACAAGAGAGUCGUACCAAUGUCCUUCGCAAGAGGCGGGUUGUGAUCGUUGACCCAGACACAGGGUUGGAGAUGUCAGUUAGGGAGGCCUAUCACCGGGAGCUAAUUGACUAUGACACUUUCCUGGACUUGUCGGAGCAGGAGUGCGAGUGGGAGGAAAUAACAAUCAAGGGAUCUGAUGGCUCUGCACGUUUGGUGAUAGUGGAUAGGAAAACAGGAACCCAGUAUGACAUCCAGGACUGCCUGCAACGUGGUGUCAUUGACCAGAAGUCUUUGGAUCAGUAUCGCGCUGGAAAGCUUUCCUUGACCCAGUUUGCUGAUGAAAUUACCAGCAAAACCAGCAGCACGGAGAUGACCAUCUCAGCUCUCAAUGUUGAUGACAUGGUCACAUGCAGCAGUCCCACCCAGGCCACACCAUCUUCACCUACUGUCCGUAAACGCUUCAACAGUAUUUCUAUUACUGUUUCUCCCCCUGAGAUGUUUGAUGACCACAGCCCUGUGGGGGCUAUAUUCGACACAGAGACCUUGGAGAAAAUCACUCUGUCCGAAGGGCACCGAAGAGGCAUAGUUGACACUAUUACAACACAGAGGCUACUGGAGGCCCAGGCAUGCACAGGGGGUAUCAUCAACCCUGCCACUGGUGAGAGACUGUCGCUGCAGGAUGCUGUCCAUCAAAGCAUCAUUGAUGAAAGCAUGAGCGCUAAGCUCAAACCUGCCCAGAAAGCCUUUCUUGGUUUUGAGGAUGUGAAGACUAAGAGAAAGAUGUCCGCAGCAGAGGCAGUGAAGGAGUCAUGGCUGCCCUAUGAAGCCGGCCAGAGGUUUUUGGAGUUUCAGUACCUGACAGGAGGCCUGAUAGAGCCUGGCACUGGACGCCGUAUCACCAUUGAAGAGGCUAUCCGCAGAGGCUGGCUAGAUGGUCAAGGUGCCCAGAAACUUCAGGAUACACGGAGCCACCAGAAGAAUCUGACCUGUCCCAAGACAAAACUGAAGAUCUCCUACAAGGAAGCUAUGGACAGCUGCAUGGUGGAAGAAAGCAAUGGUAUGAAAAUGCUGCAGGCCUCCUCGAUAUCCACCAAGGGAAUCAGCAGCCCUUACAAUGUCUCUAAUCCAGGAUCUCGCUCUGGGUCCAGGCCUGGUUCCCUUGUCGGCUCCAGGAGUGGAUCUCGUAGAGGCAGCGUGGAUUACUCCUCUACGUACAGUUACACCUUCUCCUCCACCAGUACCAGCUAUAGCUCCAACGCUCAAUCUUAAUACACAGCAUAGAAAACACAAUGAAACUAGACGAGUUAUCACCAGCAGUUACUAUGCAAUUUGAGUACUUUUCUAGACAGUUUUUCUAAAUGUUUUUCUGCUACUUGUGCAUUUUUGGGAGGUUUGUUUUAAUACUGGAUCUGACUCUGAAUUUAUUCAAGCGUUGUGAUUGUUUGCAGUUUUUGGUGAUUUGGUGUUUCAAUAUUAAACCUAAUGCAGAGCAUAAGUAAUGCUAGUAUUCAAAGCAUGCAUUUUGAAUGAAUAUAUUUGUCACAGCUCAUUUUAAUAUAUGGUGCUUUUUUUUUUUUUAUUGCAAAAUAUGCUUGUUCAACUCACCUUCAGCAUGCAGAUAGAAUUAAUCUGCCAUUUUUUAUUCUUAUUUUUUUUUGCAUCUUUAAAAAAAUUAGUUGCAAAUGCUGAUGUUUUAGCUUAAAAUACUGACUUGUCAAUGUAAUCAACUAUGAAAAAUUAAUGCCACUAAAAUGUUAUUCUCACAUGAUUGAAAAUAAAGUUGUCAUAACAAUUUUGA